AUGGAGACGCCGCCAAAGCAAGCACCCGACCAUUUCGUCGGUACAGAGCCGUGGGACCUGUACCUCGACGAAAAGGCUAUUCACAACAAGGAAGAAGGGUUUCAAUCUCACCUUCCUGCGAUAAUCCAGGCUCUCCUCUCUUCAAAACAAGGGGAAGCUGUUGAUGCAGCGAAACGAGCUGCAGAGCUCAUCCGGUCAGACUAUAUGGAGCUGUAUCUCCCUUCGAUCCCCAUGGAAAGGGUUCAAGAUGACAAGAGCAUGGGCAGUUAUCUGAGCAGCUUCUAUGAGCUCAUUCUGGGUGCUGCCAAGCUGGUCAACUACGAAGACUACCAGCAAGACCUACUGGUUCUCCUAUUACAGGAACUGCGGAAGACGAGUAAACCAGUCCAAUUCACAAUCUCGGGGAGGACUCAUACGGCUUUUUUUGACGACCCCUUCUUCGGCAGUACCACGAAGGACAGAUGGAAUGGAUUUAUCCCGGAGGAUCCACCGACUAUCAAAGACUACGAGACACAACAAGUCUUGCAGGCGCAAUGCGAUAUCUGGGUCGACUUUUCUGCUUUCCUUGCAAGAUGUACCGCCGCCGGACUCUACGAUCACUAUGAGGAUGGCUUCAAAUACCCAUGCACGGAUGUUCCUCUCGGCCUGGAAAAGGAUCCAGCUGCGCAACCUCUUGUCACAGGAACCAGGGUCCUGGUAGCUGCUCUCUGGAUCACCCAUGCGGCGGGUAGGAUCCGCCAAAGUCUCGCCGAUGUCAAUAUUGACAAAUGGAACCCCCAGAAAUGGGAUACUUGGCGGGCAAGGUUGCUCGAUAUUAAGCUCAAGGGCAUCCCGAACCUUGAAGUCGAGGAGGAGGGAAAGGUCUAUGAUCAGGUCUGCAGCGCACUGUAUGCCAUGGAUCACGUAGAUGCGGGAUAUUCGGAGCUAAAUCUAUAA